GGUGAUCCCAUUCUUGACGAGACAAGCCCAGUCGUGGUCCAUUUUUCCAUUUCCGAAGACACAGUUUGCAUUACUCCACCGGGAGGAGACUACAAUAGAGUUCAUUACUGGCAGGCUCCAGAUUUUUUAGAUAGCUCUCUUUUUGUCGACUUUCUGAUGGAAAUUGUUGAUGCAAUCUCGGAUAGGGACGCACAAAAGUUUCUUGAACUCCUCGAUCCUGCCCCAGCUUUGUGGGAUGAGUUGCAAAGGUGGAACCGCAAGCGAAAAAGGUGGUUUGACGACCAAACGUGUUUAUUGAGAGUGCGCGAAGAAUGCUCACACUUUCACAGCACUGGAGACUUUAUUUCUCUUUUCCCUCCUGAAGGGAGUGUUAGCAUCCCAAGUGCUGACGUCCUUGUUAACAACGUGUUCGACCCAUCUGGAGAGUUACGGAAAAGGAUCAGUCAGUAUAUUGCUGCCGACAUUGCCUUGUACGAAGAGGUUGAGUUUGAGAGCGCCGAGGAAACCGACGAGAGGCAAGAUGUCUGUGUGGACGAUACGUACCCGUCAGAUGACGAAGAAGAAAUUGACGAAGUGGAAGAGGCAAAUCCUGAGAAGCCAUGCUAUUAUCCAUCACAGAUAGAAAUGGCAACUAUUCUGAAGAAACGAAUUGACACAAUUAUGAGACAUUACCACAACAUCGCUAAGCUCAGCGACGAAUUCGACGACGUAGAGUUUGCCGUCUACACAGCAAGGUACCGGAUGCUUAGCGAUCAGACCGAGAAAAGGAUCUGUCAUCCGGACGCUGGUGUUCUAUCGAAACAAGAACUCAAGUCACGUAAAGAGUGGAAUGGAAAGAAGAGAAUGUUCAUGUACGUUCGCAGCGCGGAAAAUGACAUUCAUUUUGAGCAGCUAAGAGAAGACGUUCAAGAAAAGCCAAGAACUCUUUUUAUCAUUAUUGCUGAUGAGUGCCAUUGGGGAAUAACAAAAGACAAAGACCAGAAACCAUCGGCACAUAAUCUGUUCAUCAAUGAAUGGUGUAAGGAAAACUCUCCCAGAAAUGUGAUCGUAGUUCAAAUUUCCGCAACACCUUUUAACCUUUUAACGCAGAACUCCCGUCUUCCUGAAGUCAGUUGCCUUCUUCUCUACGACAAAGAGUCUACAACCGGAAACAACCAUUACGCAGCGGGCGAUCUUUUAGUUUUAGACCGUGAACAUGAGAUAGAAGAACAUGUAAAAGAAAUUUCCAAAGAAGUAGAACUGCAUGUUGUCCACUGGUCAGAGGUCGAGUUGAAGAACUUUGAAAGAGGAAUGCGGAUGAAACUCAAGUCAACAUUAGUUACUGAAGAUACCACAUUCAAAUACCUUCACGUUUCCUCUCAAGGCCAACUGGGUGUCGUACAUGAUAAACGCAAAGCCACCGAUUUCCUUGUACAGGGGAGCCAAGGAAUUGUGACAAUCAAAGCUAUUUCAAGCAAGCCGGAAGUGUACGUUCUAACAAGAGACACAAACGGAAUGUUGGAAGCAAAAGUUAACCCACAGCAACCAGCCACGUUUGAGGUGAAGUUGGAAUUUGGCGUUGGUGUUGCAGCGUUCUCUUCGUGUGACGAAAAAGAUCACUUUAUAGCUGUUGACGAUCAAGCCCGUGUUUCUUUGCAAACAGCUAGAAUUGAGAGGAAAUGCGGUGUGUCUUUUAUGAAACCUAAACAAGACGUGACUCGCGUCUCGUUUGCAUUUUACAUGGACGAGUGUGGACCAGCAGAGGUUGACGCUACUGAAAAGCAGUAUAUGAGUUUAAACUAUUACCUAAGCACUAUCAACUGUCAGAACAGAGAUGCUCAAAAAAUUCGUCAGGACGAAUUUUUUCAACGAAUCGUAGACAAGGCGAAGAGACAAAAGAAGCAGUUCAAAGCGGAUGCCCUGUUAUGCGCGGAGUACUGCUACUACAUCCUCCAUAUUGGCGCCUACAACAGCGAUGACAAAAUACGACAGGUACUAGUCAAUAGCACAGAGGAAUCUCCCGUUGAUCAGUUCAGUAAAAUGCUUUGCUACUUCACAGACGAACUGAAGAGAAACACAACGGGAAAAACCACACAGUACAUUAGCCACGAAGCCUUUGAAUUGAUACGGAGAGAAAUUUGUAACGAAGAGAAAGAGAAUUUCAAAGAAAGUUUUAAAGAAUACCAGAGACAAAGGAAAGCAGGUAAUGAAGUUCACAAGGAAGAUCUGGAAACUGCAUUUGUUGGCUGUCUAAUGCACUUCUCUCGAAAAGAUCUCCAAUCGUUCACGGAAGUACCUAACAAAAAAGGCAUUCUAGAAGACAUCAGAUCUUCACUACAAGAAAACAACUGCCAGAAGAUGAUUAGGAUCUGGAGAAACGUUGUCAACGAGUACGAAACAGGAUUCCUUGUGAAAAGCCUAAUUCAGAGCGGAGAAGGGGAAUCUGGUAAAAUGAAAAUUGUUCGAGCAAGGAGCAUGGAAACCGCCAAUAAGUUCUACAAAACCCUUAUAUUAGCUAGGAAAUUGUCCUCCUUGGAGACUUGCUUUGAAAUCAUAAGAGACUAUGGUGGAAUCCAAAUCGAGGAUCAGCUAAUGAGAUCAUCAAGUCCUUUCUUCAAAAAGCUCCAGCCUGUUGAUUGCCAGUUUAAAUUUGAUUGCCGCUGUAGUCAACUUGAGCUACGACCCGGCCGCAAGAGGUGUACCAAUUGUCAACACGUACAUAGAUCAGUCACUCAGUAUGAAGACCUAGAAGACCUGGCAUGCGUCCUCAUCCUGGUUGAUAAAGGACGUAUGGGGGACACAUUUCCCCAGAGCUUUGAUUGCCUUGACCUUCGACUGAACUAUGACAGCAGUCGGGAGUUUAAAGAGGGCUCGCCAGUUUUCUUGUCAACUGUCAUUCAAGAACUUGGACGAAUGUGUCGUUAUGCAAAGCAAGUCCAAGGAUCAUUUGCUCAGGACACUCCCUAUGUUUUAGUAGGCAGGAAGCUGUUUAAAAACCUUUCAGAGUCAGCGACGAGUUCUCCAGCUAUGAGCGCAAUUUCGUGCACCAGACCCGACCGAUACAUGUCAAACUCCAAAAGCAAAAGCCAAGGCAAAAAGUCAUCUUCAUUGCGUUGGUUGGACUAUGAAGCGCACAAGGAUAGCUAUGAUUAUGGCAACAAGCAAGAGCAUUGCAACAGAAUACUUCUCCAAGCUGAACCCCAGAUCGGCAAGACGGGAACAUAUCUUUGUCUCAUAAAAAAACUGAAGUUAGACAUCCUUGGAGAACAGAAGAUACCUAGCACACAAAAUACUACGUUUGAAGAAGGCAGCUUUUAUAUCUACAAACACUGUGAUUCUGUUGAUGACACAAUGGACGACAGAGUGAAUAAUGAUGAAGACUGGCGAUUUCCUUAUUGGAAGACGAUAGAAAACUCUCCCAGCCUUUUUGAAAAGGCAGUGGGACAAGGGAAGUAUUCCAUUGGAGGCCUCUUCUACACUCACGACAUCGAAGAUAGCCCCUUCAUUCUCAUGGAACGCGAAGGGCAGAGGCCAGUCAAGUCAAAUCUCAACUAUCAGAAAAGAGAUUGUGCAGAUGGUGUUCGCUCGUGGCAUUGGUACCACUUUGAGAACUGUGUUGAAUGCGGAAGACUACUUCAAGGAGAGCUGCCUGUUUUGGAGACGCUUGAAGUAAACAUCGAUGGCACUCCGGUAACAGUUACUUGCUCACUUCCCACCAGUGGUCUACCGUACAAUUACCUGCGAGAACAUCUCAGAAGCAUUAGGUCAGGGGAAGGGUCCUGGACCGAGUUCAACCGCCCUGGAGUGACUUCGCUGUCUUAUUGGAUAUUCCAUCCCUCUCACAGAGAUGAUCCACGAAAGUGUCUUCUAAACUAUCAUCACGUGAUGCAAGAGGAAAGCCAAGUAGCUAGUUAUCUGCAAGUUGCUGUGGUUCGAAGUGAAAUGUUCCAGGCCUACAAAUCUACCUGGGGGAAGGUGAUUGCAAUAUUUCAGCUUCCAGAUGAACUACCGAACUGCGAACGUGGACCGAGUGAAGGAGGUGUAGGCUACGCGAGAUUGUUUAUUCAGAAAAUUGCAUUUGCUCUAGGGCUGGAAUACGUUUUUGUGAUUGAUGACAAUGUGGCCUUGAUGUCCGAAGCAGUGUUCAGGUCGGACGAAGGAACAACAACAGGUCAGAGCGUUGUCAGAGAUGAGAAUGGAGUGAUGAAGAUGAAAAGAUGUUCUUUCUUAAAACCUCUCACUUACCUUCAGAAGAUUGCAAGUGGAAAGGGCAAUCCACCCGAUGAAAGAAUACAAUACGAGCCACAUCCUUUAAAGGAUCAUCCAGGGGGCCAACAGUUUCCCCUGUAUACGUAUACAGGCCCCGCUAAGUUGUUUGGUGACAGCCCUUUCAAGAGUUAUGGCAUUCUAGGUCUUCUCAGAAGUGUCCCCAUAUCGGUCAGGCCAUUUGCGAAGACCCAGGUUUAUGCUGCUGUUUUGUUGAAUGUCAAAAGCACGGUGGAAAAGAAAGUGUUUUAUCGACCGUGGCCGUGUUGGGAAGACUUACGCUUCAACGACGAUUGCGACAAAGCUGAUUUAUGGGUAGUGAAAUGCAAUCGCUUUCAUUUUCACAAAGUCCAAUACAACGACUGGAUCAAGGAUCUCGUAUGUCCGACUAUUUUUGUAUGGAAAAAAGAUAGCUUUCUGGAGGAACGACCACUUGCUAGUGAGCUGCCAAAGGUUAUCGAGGAGGAAAUCAUCUUGGACCACCUCCGCAGCUUUGUCAACACUGAAGGUCAUGAGAAUUACUUCAAAGGACAGAUUGGAUACGACCAACCAGAGGAUUGUGACGACCAGUUCUCCCCCUCAAAAAUUGUUGAGGAACUUGAUCUCCGGACACUUGACCUCCAGAACUACGAAAGUAAGGAGUCCGGUUGCAAGAAAAAAAUUUCAGUCCUUAUUUUAUCAUACUGUGCUUCUGUGGCAAAUCGGAGUCUCAGGAAUGCGAUGCUUUUGGAAUCAGCCUAUUGCGCAACCCAAGAAAAGAUCAUUUUCAUCACUAGUGCUAAAGAUGCAAUAGAAAGGUGGCCCGGACUGACUCUGGCGACCAUAGCGUCACACAAUGGAAUUUGCCUCACCUCCCAAAUGAGCAACAGAUGUGGUCGGUUUUCCAUUUUAUCAGCCGCUGAUCCUAGAAGACAUCAUUUACGGUGGAUUGUGAUCGAGGCAUCCUUCGCGAAAGAAGAUGGCAUGAUUCUGGAAGAAUUUAAUGCAGCUGUUGAAAUAAACGUAUCUGGAAACGCCACAAAAGCGGACGAAGGUAUCCUUGUUGAUCAUCAGCAACACCGCAGAACAAGUACAAGACAGUUUGAACAAGGACCUCUCAGCACAAAGGGUCAAGAGACUUUAAGGCCAUAUCGUCAGGAAUGUUCGAGUGUAAAGAAAUCCCCUCAAGAAUUGACCGGUCUAAUAUCGUCUCUUCUUCCCUCAAACAAGUCUCGUCAAGAAUCACCUAAUUCAAAGCAAAGAAAGGUUGAAGAGUCUCCAAGCAAGCGACUAAAAAUUGAUGAUUUCUUUGGCCAGAAAAAUAACCAAACGCGCGACGAACAGAGUGUCAAAAAAACGUUCGAAAAGGCAGGCACAGGCGGAGAGUCAUGUAAUGGCAGACAAGGGGAAAGAAAAAGGUCAAUCUUCAAUGACAGAGGAGAAAGUAACAGCAAUUGGAAUGAACACGGUAACGCCAUUUCGGAAACAGAACAAUCAAAAGGAAAAAAGAAAAGGAAAAAGGAACUCCAGACUGGAAGUGACCAGAAAAGCAGAAACCCCAUUCGUACUGGUGGCGAGAGCAUGCUGAGGAGGGAAGAUGACAAGCACAUGGUGUUCACGUCUUCUCUACAUAAUAUACGUGACGUAUAUGUUGUUAACGAGAACGGCGGAGAGACGUCGAGUGGCACGAAAGUAAAAAAGAAGAAAAGUAGGAGCGAAAGCAGUGAAGAGCGUAACAGAAAGGGAAGUAAAAGUGAUGAAUCCACUUCGGAAAACGGACAUUCAAAGGUGAGCAAGAAAAAGAAAAAGGAAUUCCAAAGUAAAAGUAGCCAGAAAAGUACUAGCCCCUCUCAUUCUAGUCAAGGUCAAGAGAUUAUGUCAAAGAACAAAGAGAUCACACAGAGGGCAUCUACAUCUUCUGUUCAUGAAGAAACUGUUGAAGAUGUAGAAACCAUAUCUAAUGCUAGCAGCCAAACAACCACCUGUUCCAUACAAGGGGAGGACACAGAGUGGCCGAAUGUACCAGAUACGUACAGUGCUGAUGAUGUUGCAAGUAACAGCGAUUCCAAUACCAGUCACCAGCGUAGAACCUCCACUUCAAGAAAUCAAGACGCCGAAAAAAUGUCAUUGUACAUGGCGGGAACUAACGACGUCACAGCAGUUAUUGUUAACCUUUGGAAUCAACGCAAACAGAUGACAAAACGAGAAGAUCUUUCAGAGGUACACGUUAAAAAGAGUCUCGAUUGCUUUGUAUCUGGGGAGUUGGAGACAAAAGACCAACAUGGCUACAAUGCACUUUUAAAGGCGUGUUCCUUGCCUUCUAUGAGUCCUCAUGUAAUGCAGCACCUGAUAGGCGUUCGAAAAGUGGACUUAAACUGUAAGCUUCCAGAUGACUUUGAAAAGGACCACCGCUCAGCCAAAGGGUUAAUUCCAGGAAUGUCCGCUCUGUCAGUGGCAAUAAGGAGACAAAAUAUAAGCUGCAUUUCAACCUUCAAAAGACGAAAAAAAGAAAUCAGUGUACAAGACGCUGACCAGGAGGGGAACACUGCUUUGCAUCACUGUGUUGCAUCGGCAUCGAAAGGAGCAUUCCAAAAGCUGUUCCCACUUUAUAAAGAAUUAAACUGGAAAAAAAUGUUUAACAGAGAAUUGGAAAACCCUCUGGAAAUUGCACAGAACUUGGCAAUGGACAGUGCUGCAAAAAAGAAACAAGCACUAGACUUCAUCCUUGAGGAAAUGGAGAGAAGUAGCCCUUCAGAUGCAUUCAGGUACAUGGCAAUUGAUUGUAGCAAAAUAUCAUUGAAAUUAUAUAUUUUGUUCAUACUUUUUCUUUAUCUAACAGCUUUGUUUGCUCCUUUUUUAAAAAGUUUAUAACCGUAAAUCCUCUUUUAACCACCCCCCCCUCUAGAGGCCUAUUUAUUCCAAGCACGUUUGCAAUUGAGGAGGGGGUUGAUUUAAUUCAGCCAAUAUGGUGGUAUCAAUUCUCCAUAAAAACUAGAACGCAGAGGUGAAAAGCCCAGGCGAGUGAAUUUGAUGUCUUGCAGCCCAAGAUCAAGACAAAUCCGAACUUCCAGCACGUAAAUUAAUUAUACCCUAUCUGUCCACGUGGAGAGUUACACUCGUGACUCGUUUAAGUGCUACUAUGAUCAAAUCCAUGAAUAUCAUUUUUGUUUUCGCUAGUAUGACAGUUAAGUACUUGAAGUAAAUGGUGUGCAAAUUAUAGCUUCAUACGAUUAAGGAAAGUGGUAUUUUUUUGCGCUCAAAAACCAUUAAUUUUUG